AUGAGGUUCUCUGCUUGGCGCUCUCUGGGCAUCUCAGCCAUCGAGGUGGCUACUGCCUUGCUCCUCGAGGCUCAGUAUGGCUGGACGCCGGAAAAAAUUGGCUAUGCCUUGGGGUUCGUCUUCGCCCUGACGGCAUCUACAGGGCUACUGGUUGCCCUGCUGCGGAAUACCUUACUGUCCGAGUACGUGUUAAUGUUCACGCUGGCUUUCUUCAGCAUUGUGGGCUCGGCGCUCUUCUUUGACUUCGGCGGCUUGGAGAAGGGUCAACAUCACAGCUCCCCAGUGCUACUCAUGGCAGCGGAUAUGAUGGUGUAUGCCUGCAUGUUUCAGCUUACUGCCUUCAUGGAGGGCAUUGCAACGCAAGCUGCGGUUCCCGACAGCACCUUCAGCCUCGAAAACUUCAUCGUUGUGCGGAAUUUGGCCAUUCAGAUGCCCCGGGCUCUGGGCCCCUUGAUGGCCCGCUGGAUGAUCGAUGCCUUCGGCCGCAACUUCUAUGCUGCCUUCAUGCUUUGCUUGACGAUGGCGGCGGUGUGGGCUGUCUGUUAUGCGGCCAGCUAUGCUAGGAAGCCAGGCCAGUUUACGAGUGAUGAGGUGAUCGAGGUGUCACCCAGCUCGGCAAAGGAAGCCUCCUAG